CCAUUUUUCUCAAAGCUCAAAUACAAAUAUACUAAUUCUUUUGCUCAAAAGAUUUUACUGUUUGAUCUUUUAUUAGGAGUAUAUCCUAUAAAAGCUCAACAAACUCCUUAAAACCAACACCCUUUGCAUAAAUCAUACAAUUUCUUGCUUUGGCCUUCAAAGAAGGCAACUUUUUUUGGGUUCACCAAGAAUUUUUUUUGGGUAUCGAACAUUUCUUUCUGGGUUUAGAUCAGAUUGGCGUAAAAAGAAACGAAAGUCUCCGAAUCUUUGUUUCCUUUUAUCAUUAACAGUGCGUAUUUUGUAGAUUUAGGUUUCCAUUCCUUUAAAAUUAAGGAAUGGAACCCAAUAGUAGUGAAGCAGAAUUGUGUAGAGUAGGAAGUGGUCGUUCAUCAGUAUGGAGAGAUAGUGGAAGAGAAGUCUUUUCGUCGUUUCGAGAUGAAGAAGAUGAUGAAGAAUCACUGAAAUGGGCUGCACUUGAGAAAUUACCAACAUAUGAUCGCGUUAGGAAAGGAAUAUUGAGUGAUAUUUCAGGUCCUGUUAGAGAAAUUGAUGUUGAUAAGCUUGGUUUACAUGAAAAGAAACAACUUCUAGAAAGACUUGUUAAGAUUGCUCAACAAGAUCAUGAAAACUUCUUGCUUAGACUCAGAGAACGUAUUGAUAGAGUUGGAAUUGAAAUCCCAACAAUUGAGGUAAGAUAUGAGCAUGUGAAUGUUGAAGCUGAAGUUUUAGUGGGAAGCAGAGGUUUACCUUCUGUAUUGAAUUUCUUCACCAAUACAAUAGAGGGUUUCUUGAAUCUCCUCCAUGUUCUUCCGAAUAGGAGAAAACCAUUCACAAUCCUUCAUGAUGUGAGUGGAAGCAUCAAGCCUGGAAGAUUGACAUUACUUCUAGGUCCUCCUGGCUCUGGAAAGACUACAUUGCUUCUGGCAUUGGCUGGUAAACUUGCCAAAGAUCUUAAGUUUUCAGGAAGUGUGACCUACAAUGGACAUACAAUGAAUGAGUUUGUUCCGCAAAGGAGCGCAGCAUAUAUCAGUCAACAUGACGUUCACACUGGAGAGAUGACGGUUAGAGAAACAUUAGCUUUUUCAGCAAGAGUUCAAGGGGUUGGAACAAACUAUGAUAUGUUGGUUGAAUUGGCAAGACGAGAGAAAGCUGCCAAAAUUAAGCCUGAUGCUGAUAUUGAUGUAUAUAUGAAGGCAGCGGCAAUGGAGGGGCAGGAGGCCAGUAUACUUACUGAAUACAUUCUCAAGAUUUUGGGACUUGAAAAUUGUGCUGAUACAAUGGUUGGCAAUGAAAUGAUAAGGGGUAUUUCUGGAGGUCAAAGAAAACGACUUACCACUGGAGAAAUGCUAGUUGGCCCAGCAAAAGCACUUUUUAUGGAUGAAAUAUCAACAGGUUUAGAUAGUUCUACAACAUUUCAGAUUGUCAACUCAAUCAGGCAAUCUAUUCAUAUCCUAAAAGGAACUGCUCUAAUAUCUCUACUCCAGCCUGCUCCCGAGACAUAUGACCUCUUUGAUGAUAUAGUACUUCUUGCUGAUGGACAAAUUGUGUAUCAAGGCCCUCGAGAACAUGUGCUUGAGUUCUUUGAAUACAUGGGCUUCAGGUGUCCGGAGAGAAAGGGAGCUGCUGACUUUUUACAAGAAGUUACUUCAAGGAAAGAUCAGGGGCAGUAUUGGUUUGCUCAGGACAAGCCUUAUAGAUUUGUUGCUGUUAAAGAGUUUGCAGAAUCUUUUCUGUCAUUUCAUGUUGGCAGAAAAAUCGUUAACGAGCUUUCCCUUCCUUUUGAUAAAUCAAAAAGCCACCCAGCCGCUUUAACAACAGAGACAUAUGGACUUGGUAAAAUAGAAUUGUUUAAAGCUUGUAUGUCUAGAGAAGCAUUAUUGAUGAAGAGAAACAAAUUUGUCUAUGUUUUUAAGGCAUUUCAACUCAUUCUGACUGCACUUGUGACUUCAACAUUGUUUUUGAGGUCCUAUAUGCAUAAGAGAAAUGUACAAGAUGGAAUGGUUUACAUGGGUGCAAUCUUCUUUGCUCAAACUCAAAUCCUUUUCAAUGGGUUUGCUGAGCUUGCAUUAGCAAUAGCAAAGCUUCCAGUCUUCUAUAAGCAGAGAGAUUUGCGAUUCUAUCCUGCUUGGGCUUAUUGCAUACCUGCAUGGAUUCUUAAAGUACCUAUAUCUAUUAUAGAAACAGCCCUUUGGGCAGGAAUAACUUACUAUGUCAUUGGCUAUGACUCUAAUGUGGGAAGAUUCUUCAAGCAUUAUCUUGUGCUCUUAAGCCUUCACCAAAUGGCUUCAGCGCUAUUCAAAUGCAAUGCGGGACUUGGAAGAAAUAUGGUUGUGGCCAACACAUUUGGCACGGGUGCUAUCGUUAUGCUAAUUUUGUUGGGUGGAUUCAUCAUGUCUCGAAAAACCAUAAGAAAAUGGUGGUUGUGGGGCUACUGGAUCUCACCAUUGCAAUAUGGGCAGAAUGCUCUCUCGGUUAAUGAAUUCCUCGGGCAUAGUUGGAACAACUCAAAUUUAGGAGUAGCUGUUUUGGAGUCUCGUGGGUUGUUCACACAUGCACAUUGGUAUUGGAUUGGACUUGGAGCUUUAGUAGGAUAUGUUUUCUUGUUGAAUGGAUUCUAUACGUGGACUAUGACAUAUUUGAAUCCACUCGGUAAACCUCAGGCUGUGUUGUCUGAAGAGGAAUUGGAAGAAAAACAAGCCAAUUUAACUGGUGAAGUUUAUGAGAUGGUCACCAGCAAAAGCAAAAGCAGAUCAUUUAGUUCUCAAAGGAGUGUUGAUAUUCAAGAAGUUAACGAAAACUCAAUAAGAGGAAUGGUUUUGCCUUUUGAACCACUUUGUGUUACCUUUGACGAAAUCAGAUACUCAGUAGACAUGCCUACCGAAAUGAAAGCACAGGGUGUUACUGAUGACAAACUAGAGCUACUGAAGGGUGUGAGUGGUACUUUUAGGCCUGGAGUGUUGACAGCACUUAUGGGUGUUAGUGGUGCUGGAAAAACCACCCUUAUGGAUGUGUUAGCUGGUAGGAAAACCGAGGGAUACAUUGAUGGAGAUAUCAGAAUAUCAGGCUACCCAAAGAAUCAAGAAACUUUUGCCCGAGUUUCAGGAUAUUGUGAGCAGGCUGAUAUCCACUCUCCUCAUGUCACCGUUGAAGAAUCCCUGAUGUUUUCAGCAUGGCUUCGGUUAUCCUCUGAUGUGUCCGAAGAAACAAGAAAGAUGUUUGUGGAAGAGGUGAUGGAACUAGUGGAAUUGGACAUGUUAAGGCAUGCACUCGUAGGACUUCCAGGAGUAAACGGCCUGUCAACCGAGCAGCGCAAGAGACUAACAAUUGCAGUUGAACUUGUUGCCAAUCCUUCUAUAAUCUUCAUGGAUGAACCAACAUCUGGGCUUGAUGCUAGAGCUGCUGCAAUUGUGAUGAGGACUGUCAGAAACACAGUUAAUACAGGGCGAACUGUAGUUUGCACUAUCCACCAGCCUAGCAUUGAUAUUUUUGAUGCAUUUGAUGAGUUGCUACUACUAAAGCGAGGUGGAGAACAGAUCUUUUCUGGUCCUAUAGGCCGCCAUGGUUCUCAACUUAUCAUAUACUUUGAGGCAAUAAAUGGCGUACAAAAGAUCAAAGACGCCUAUAAUCCAGCAACUUGGAUGUUGGAGGUAACAUCAUCAGCUCAGGAAAACGCACUUGAAGUCGACUUUGCUCAAAUUUACAAGUCUUCGGAUCUCUACAGGAGAACAAAAGCAUUGAUAACAGAACAUAGUGUUCCAGCUCCAGGAUCAAAGGACUUGUACUUCCGUACUCAAUAUUCACAAUCUUCUCUGGUCCAAUUCAGAGCUUGCCUAUGGAAACUCCAUUAUUCGUAUUGGCGUAACACCAUGUACACCGCAAUGAGACUCCUCUUUGCAGCCCUUGUUGGGGUUGUGUUUGGGUCUGUUUUCUGGAAGAUCGGAAAAGGGAGAAAUACCCAACAAAAUUUGUUCAAUGCAAUGGGUUCAAUAUUCUCCGCAGUUAUCUUCCUUGGCAUUCAGAACUCGUCAGGAGUUCAGCCAGUUGUGUUUGUGGAAAGGACAGUGUUUUACAGAGAAAGAGCAGCAGGAAUGUAUUCGGCUUUGCCUUAUGCAUUUGCACAAGUAAUCAUUGAGCUUCCUUACAAUUUCUUCCAAACAAUGUUUUAUGGGGUUACAGUAUACGCUAUGAUGGGAUUCGAGUGGACAGUGGCCAAGUUCUUUUGGUACCUCUUCUUUAUGUACUUCACAUUGCUCUACUUCACAUACUAUGGCAUGAUGUGUGUUGGUCUAACCCCCAACCCAAGCGUGUCUGCGAUCAUAUCUGCGGCCUUCUAUGGUGUUUGGAACCUUUUCGCAGGAUUCCUUAUUCCUAGACCCAAAAUUCCAGUGUGGUGGAGAUGGUACUACUGGUCAUGCCCUAUAGCUUGGAGCUUGUACGGAUUGCUAGUCUCACAAUUUGGUGAUUACGAUGGUAAUGCAGAUAGACUCCAGGAUGUUGAUGGAAAUCCAACUGUGAGGGAAUUUUUGAGUAGCUAUUUUGGUUAUCGGCGGGACUUCUUGGGACCUGUUGUUAGUGUAAUCCUGGGUUUUAAUGUUCUAUUUGCAGUGGUUUAUGCCUAUUCGAUCAAGACCUUUAACUUCCAGAGAAGAUAAUUGUUCUUGACAUCACGAGCUGUUUUUGUAGGAAUGUUCAUAUACGUUUAAACUGUAUCUGCUUAUUCUACCUAUAAUUUAAGAAUAGGAAAAAAAAAAAAAAAAUUAUUACUUUUUUUCAUAUCUAAAUGACCAUUUCAAUCAAAACCUAAAUGGAUAGUUAGAGCUAUGAUUAUGUAUAUACUAUCAUAAAUGUACUCCAAGCUACAGUUAGCCUUGUCUUUUGAUGUCAUAUCUUGACGACAAUAGUAAACGUAUGGUUAGCAA